UGUCAAGGCAGAAUAUUAAGGAAGUUAAUCCCACCAGUACGAUAAAUUUAUUUUAACUUUGUGGUUGAGGUUAAAGAUUUAACCGAUUGUGCUUUGGUUCAGCUGUUUUAGUUUACGACAUUACAUCGAGAAAGACAAAUUAAUACUUGUGAAGAGAUUAAAAUAUCUGGGGAUUGCUAAGCCUACUCUGGUUGUUUUGGUAGUAAUCACAAUGGCUGAAGACAGAGAGGUAAUGAGGGAGGUGUGGGAUGGACGUCUACCCGUGUGCUUCAGGUUAUCUGUAGAAGAAGUUAACACAGUUCAACAACCUGAUCCAUUCUAUCUAAUGGUCCCGAGGUUGACUUAUUUUCCUCUGGUAACAGAUAAAGUACAGCGGCACUUCUCACGACACAUUAGUGAACCAGACCAGGGAGCAGAAAUGUGGCUGGACUAUGAUGGUCAACCUAUAAAAUGGCAUUAUCCAGUUGGGUUAUUGUUUGACUUGUACGGGUUAGGAUCACAGUUGCCGUGGAACCUUACAGUUCAUUUUAAGAACUUUCCAGAAGAAGAACUUGUACACUGCCCCAGUCGAGCUGCCAUUGAAUCUCACUUUAUGGCAACCAUUAAAGAAGCUGAUUUCCUAAAACACAGAGGAAUGGUCAUAAGUGCCAUGCAGAAAAAAGAUCACAACCAGCUGUGGUUAGGUCUACAAAAUGACAAGUUUGAUCAGUUCUGGGCGAUCAACAGAAAGUUAAUGGAGCACACUAAUGAUGAACUAUUCAAGUAUAUUCCUUACAGACUUUAUCAGCCCGACAUGCCGUAUAUCCAGCGAUUAGUACGACCCCUUUCUGAGAAAGGCGAAAACACCACAUUACUUGACCUUCUCCAUGUGUCUCUGCCCAAGUUUAGUAAAGAAGAUAUUUUGGAUAAUGUACAGAUCGUUGCCCAUGGCAUAAAGCCUCCGAUGGACACGCCUCUUCAGUGGAUGAGUGAACAUUUGAGUUACCCAGACAAUUUUCUACAUCUCUGUAUUCACCAAACAUGAAAAUGUUGAAAAGUUAUUAGUAUUAUUGCAAAAAAAAAAUAUUCUCAAGUUUCUGUUUACUCUUCGAGGUAAAGAGUACAGAAUACUGAUGAGUGCUUGCAAACCCAAGUGUGUUGAACCAUCACACACGUAUAUGUUAAUUUAAACCUUAUAACAUUAAGUCUGGAUGUUGUGAUCGUAUAGGUUAAAAAUUAUAACAUAGAACACAUAUAAAGAUGUAUCUGGUGUAGAGUGGAGAUGAGGAUAAAGAAAAUAUGUCUCAUGUAGAAAAAUUAUCUGAAUAUCCUACUUAAUUAACCUGUAAUUAGUGUAAUUGUACUUGCAAAAAGUUUAGACAAAAUCCUGGAAAUGAAAUUUUUUGAUAAAUUAAAUCAAGCAAAAUUUUCCUUUUUCACUUUCACCAUUUUUAACGUGACAUAAAUUUUUCUGACUUUCUAGGCAAGUUUCAAAUUUGUAUUCGUUUUGUCUUUAGGUUCAGGUUCUAAAGUAUUAUUAGUAAAAUUAAAAUUUUUCAUGUUAAUUAACCAAUAGCCAGAGACUUAAAAUGACACUUUACAAAAUUCAUAGAAAUCAUAGAUAGUGACAGUGGUGCCAAAUAAAUUUGAUCCAGUUAGAAAACGUGGUCUCUUUCAGUACGUAGUUUAAGAUAUGCUAAAAAAACAAAGCUAUACUGCUUGAUUUUUGUCAAAACAAUGUGUUGUCUUAUCAUACAUUAUAUAAAUAAACAAACAGAAACUGAUUUUUUUUUUUUAAAUAAGUGAAAGAGCCAAAUGAUCGCUUCUGCAAUCUGUGAUGCAUAAUAGAACCACACCCGAGAAAUAGCUUCGUUUCUAAAGUCCGAGUCGAUAUAUAGUUCCUAUUACUAGUGGAAAUUUAGUGAUAUACAAGUUUCACUUUUUGUAUUUCCUGUGAAAAAAAAACAGUCAUCAGUUAUAAAACUAGAAUCAAAUUUUAGUUGGCAAUUCAAGUAAAAAUAUUACUGUAUUUGUUUAUACAAAUUUUCCAGGUUUUCCUUUCUGUUGACCAGUUUCUUUACUGGGAUAUCUGAUGUUUGGAAAUUUAGAUGUGCUCUUAAUUAAACUGAACAUAUCCUCAGCUG